CCGUGAAGGGAGUUGAAGGGGAAAAGUUGUGAGGCGCCGCAGGUCCGGGUCUCUCAGCCCCUCCCGAGGCACAGCCGCCAGACCAGUGGAGCCGGGGCGCAGGGCGGGGGCGGAGGCGCCGGGGCGGGGGAUGCGGGGCCGCGGCGCAGCCCCUCGGCCCUGAGAGCGAAGACUCCGACGCCCAGCGCCGCGCUCGCCGCUUCUCCGGUCUCGGCCGUCGAGCCGGGACACCCGGGCGGAGUCCUCGCCCGCCUGCUCUGGGGUGCGCGUCCCGAGAGGUAGAAGCCAUGGAUCCCGGGCAGCAGCCACCGCCUCAGCCGGUCCCCCAGGGCCAAGGGCAGCCGCCUGCGCAGCCCCCCCAGGGACAGGACCAGCCGUCCCGGCCGGGGCAGCCAGCGCCCCCGGGGUCCCAGGCGGCGCCGCAGGCCCCUCCCGCCGGGCACCAGAUCGUACAUGUCCGGGGGGACUCCGAGACCGACCUGGAGGCGCUCUUCAACGCCGUCAUGAACCCCAAGACGGCCAACGUGCCCCCAACGGUGCCCAUGAGGCUCCGGAAGCUGCCGGACUCCUUCUUCAAGCCGCCGGAGCCCAAAUCUCACUCCCGGCAGGUCAGUACUGAUGCAGGAACUGCAGGUGCUCUGGCUCCACAGCAUGUUCGAGCGCAUUCCUCUCCAGCUUCCCUGCAGCUGGGAGCAGUUUCUCCAGGGGCAUUGAGCCCUACUGGGGUGGUCUCUGGCCCAGCAGCUACACCCACUGCUCAGCAUCUUCGACAGUCAUCUUUUGAAAUACCUGAUGAUGUGCCUCUGCCAGCAGGCUGGGAAAUGGCAAAAACAUCUUCUGGUCAGAGAUACUUCUUAAAUCACAUCGAUCAAACAACAACCUGGCAGGACCCCAGGAAGGCUAUGCUCUCUCAGCUGAAUGUUACAGCUCCCACCAGUCCACCAGUCCAGCAGAAUAUGAUGAACUCGGCCUCAGGUCCUCUUCCUGAUGGAUGGGAACAAGCCAUGACUCAGGAUGGAGAAAUUUACUACAUAAAUCAUAAGAACAAGACCACCUCUUGGCUAGACCCAAGACUUGACCCUCGUUUUGCAAUCAAUCAGAGAAUUGGUCAGAGCGCUCCACUGAAGCAGCCACCCCCUCUGGCUCCCCAGAGCCCACAGGGAGGAAUCAUGGGUGGAGGCAACUCCAACCAGCAGCAGCAGAUGCGACUACAGCAACUGCAGAUGGAGAAAGAGCGACUGCGCCUGAAACAGCAAGAACUGCUUCGGCAGGCAAUGCGGAAUAUCAAUCCCAGCACAGCAAAUUCUCCAAAAUGUCAGGAAUUAGCCCUCCGUAGCCAGUUACCAACUUUGGAACAGGAUGGAGGGACUCAGAAUCCAGUAUCUUCUCCUGGGAUGUCGCAGGAACUGAGAACAAUGACGACCAACAGCUCAGAUCCCUUCCUCAACAGUGGUACCUAUCACUCUCGGGAUGAGAGUACAGACAGUGGACUGAGCAUGAGCAGCUACAGUGUUCCCCGGACCCCAGAUGACUUCCUGAAUAGUGUGGAUGAGAUGGAUACAGGUGAUACUAUCAACCAAAGCACCCUGCCCUCGCAGCAGAACCGUUUCCCAGACUACCUUGAAGCCAUUCCUGGGACAAAUGUGGACCUUGGAACACUGGAAGGAGAUGGAAUGAACAUAGAAGGAGAGGAGCUGAUGCCAAGUCUUCAAGAAGCUUUGAGUUCUGACAUCCUUAAUGACAUGGAAUCUGUUUUGGCUGCCACCAAGCUCGAUAAAGAAAGCUUUCUUACAUGGUUAUAGAGCGCUCAGAUAGAUGGAAUUCUAAAACCUGUGAAGGAUCUAAAGAGAUAAGACAUAUACCUGACAUUUCCAAAAAAAGCAGUUGCAAUCUUCUGGCUCAUGCAAAAAAAGAGAUGAACAAACGUCCAGCAAGAUUCUUUCAUCUACUAUUUUGCUUUUUUCUUGCGCAUUGCUGCUGUUAAUAUAUUGCUGACCUCUUUCACAGUUGGCUCUAAAGAAUCAAACAAAACCAAACCUUUUUUGUUUCUUUUGUUAUUGUAACUACUGUUAAUUUUAGGGGCUGGGGAAAAGUGAGCCUGUUUGGAUGAUGGAUGCCAUUCCUUUUGCCCAGUUAGAUGUUCAGUGAUCAUUUUAACUAAGUAUUUGGACUUGGAAGUCAAAUGCUUCAUGUUAUAGCAUUUAGUUUGUUCAAGCAAUUGUUUCUUCAGCUGCCUUUGGUCAGUGGAAAAACAUGACUUACUGGUCUGACAAGCCAAAAAUGUAUCUGAUGUUAAGUACUUAAUGUUGAUUUGAAGAGAUAGCUGAA